CAACGAUAAGCCAACAAGUCGGUCACGUGACGUUAUCGUUAAUACACAUCCAUGUUCGUCCUUCAAAUUAACAAGACAACGACAUGAAUGAGAAAACAAACUGUCGGGUAUGUACAUCAUAGCCAUAGCUGUUUAACGUGUGCCCUUUUAUUGAUCAAUGUUUCACUUAGUUUUUUUACAACCAACGUCAUCCAUUGGGGAUGGAUUCCAUGGUAACGGAUAUGUGUCGUUUUCGUUUUAAUGAGUUGUUUUUUAAUCAAAAGCUGGGUAAAUUUCACUGUAUCAUUUAAGGUAAAUCUUUAGGUAUUUCGGUCAAAAUGUUUUUUUUUUAAAGUUUCAAUAGUGGCAUUUGGAAGUUAUUAUAAAUCAACAAUCUUACUUUGACAAGUCUAACUUAAUAGAGAAUAGAGAGUUGUUUUUUUUAAAGUCUUAUCUUGCAAGGUAAAUGUUUAUCAUCGGAGGGGUACCGGUAUGUGUCCUUAAGAUGCCAUGUCAAUAACAUAUUUGUUGUCUUAUUUUUCUUUCCUUCUUUUUUUUUCUUUGUUUUUUUUUUUUCUUUGUUACUAUUUCAGCUUAGUUAUAGUGUCUCAGAAAGUAAACUGAAUAUUAAUUAUAAUAAAAAUUAUUAAAGAUUUAUAAAUGUUUAUCAUCGGAGGGGUACCGGUAUGUGUUCUUAAGAUGCCAUGUCAAUAACAUAUUUGUUGUCUUAUUUUUCUUUCCUUCUUUUUUUUUCUUUGUUUUUUUUUUUUCUUUGUUACUAUUUCAGCUCAGUUAUAGAGACUCAGAAAGUAAACUGAAUAUUAAUUAUAAUAAAAAUGAUCAAAGAUUUAUCAGUGCGUCAUGUAUUUAAUCUUCUUCUACCAUCACCAUCUCUGUCUUAUCGAGCAUGCAUCACCUCUUAAUACUUAGCGCAAAUACACAUUGUGCUUUUAUUAGCAGGCCUUGCAUUUAGUUGAUUUGUUUUUAAACGCACUUUUCGGUCAUGCAAACUAUACAUUUCUAGAUAUAGAUGAUUAAGCUCUUACAUGAACGCAACGACGGCAGGCAGGUUUGUUUUCAAGGGUUUGAGCAUAAACUAAUCAGUAGUUACAAACGUACAUGUUACAAUCGGGUAAGACAGUGGUAUCGUUUCCAGAAGAAAUAAAGAAGAAAUAAUAUGAUGAGAUUUUAUGAUUAUCCUUUUUAAGUUAAUGGAAAAAUUAUAAUGGAUAUUGAUAACCGCAAUGUUCAUGUCACAUAGAACAGGAAAAUUGAAGAAAAUGAGACUCCAUUGCUCUGAAGGAAUUUUGAUCCUAUGGCUUGCUUCAGUUGUGCAACUCAAUGCAUCCACGUUUGCUUUCUCUUUGAGUUACUGGGGUAGUUAUGGAUACUAUAAGAUUAUUUUCUCCACUAGACAAUUGGUGAGGUAAGGGAUCCUUUGUUUUAAUCAAAUGUACUUUAAUAUAGGAAAUAAGUACAAACAUCCAAUUAAUCUCCUAAAAAGUGUCUUUUAUCUUGUGAGACAAUAAAUAUUGAUUUUUAAAAAUAAAAAAAAUAAAAAAACUCGUUUACCUUACUUGAUAAAACUCCAUGCAUUGAUGAAAUGAACAUUUUUUGGUUUCAAAUUUUAGUUUUAAUAAACAAAUUAUAAUAAAAUGUAUAUGCAUUUCGUACGUAAAUAAAUAGGCAAUGCACAUACUUAAAGUUAAAAUAUAAGUCUACACUACUGUACUACGGUCUAAAUUCUAAACACAAGUAUUUAUCAUUUACUGCCAAUUAGAAUGGCUUUUAUUACAUAAUUUUUAAGUUCUAUUUCCAAACCCAGUUUAAAUUCUUUCUUUAAAAAUGUUUCAGGUUUCGCCACUGUGUAUGCAAUACUUCCAUUCAAACAUGUGUUCUUGAUUUACAUGUGUCAAAUGCCGAGAUUAGUGUGACAGACAUUAAACCUUAUAAUAUUGUAUACAAAGGCAAUUAUUCCAAUUACUAUGUGUGCUAUUUUAAUAUCC